AAGAGAGAGAAGAGAGAGCGAGCUGCCCUCCGCCUGCAGUAGUAUUAGCUCCAUCUCUCUCCUCCCCCAGCUCGCGCUCGGAGCUCCCCAUUCCGCCGCCGAACCCUAACCCUAGCUGCCGCCCGCCCGCCCGCCCCGCGCCGCGGCCCGCAGCCGGAGGGCCGCCGAUCCGAUCCGCCCGCGCGCCGCCCGCCCGCGCCGAUCGAGGCUGCACAUAAAGAGACGGCAGAUCUACAGAUUCAUUUAGCUAGUCUUGUCAGCCCUGGGUGAGCCUUCUUUGGUAGCUCUAACUUGAGAGGAAUCAUCUUCAUCAUCUCAGCAGGCAGUGGCAAAAGCUUACCACGUUGUCAUUUGAUAUGAAACUUUGGGAUUUGCCAAUUGCAGAAAGUUCGUGCUUUCACGGGUACUAGACCUGUAGGGGCUUUGGAGAUGUCACAGUUUCACCACACACAGCAUGGGGGUGACAGUGAUUUUCAGAUGUGGCAGCAACAGAUGAUGUACAAGCAACUGCAGGAGUUCCAAAGACAGCAACAAGUACAGCAGAUUGAUCAUGGAGCCAGGAUGCAGCCCUCAUCUGGACAGUUUCAAGCUCCAGCAAAAGCAGCGCCUGCUGAUCAGUUGCCGGCGAUGUCAAAUGAAAUGCCAAACAACGAGGCCACGGCUUAUGCGUGGUCUCAUAAUUCUGCUAGUGGUGACCCAAGGUUGUCAAGCAACUCACAAAUGGUGAACACUGGUAGUAACACAAAUUGGGAGCAGUAUGGUGGUGCUCCUGGCACGGGCAAUUUCAUAAAUGGUUCAGCGUUUCCGAACACUCAAACCCAACCCGUGAGACUUAUGGGCAUGCCUGCCCACCAAAUGAACCAGUCCUUCUAUCCAAUACCUGCUACCAGCAGAGGUGGAUCUGUUAACCAGUACCCCCAGUUCUUAGGGAUCCCAGCUGAUCUCCAGAGUGCAAUGACAAGGGCAGGUACAAAUCAGCCCGAAAAAGUAUCAAGGCCAUUUAGCUCUUUGAUGGAUGAACCUGGUGCGCACGAGAAAGGUGACUCCAGUUCUAUGCAGAAUUUUCGUGGAAAGGGAGGGUUCUUAAGCAAUAGUCCCUUACAAAGUCAAGGUGAUAAUAACAAGGCAGGCAGCCCUGCUCCAGUGAAUCAUCUACAACAUGGUUUUCAACUCCAAGAUUUUCAUGGUAGGCCAAACCAAGUGGAUUUUCAAGUGGGCCUGCAAGAGAAAUCAACAAUGCAGGUAGCACCAGCAAGUGGGGGGGCAAGCCUUGACCCUACUGAGGAGAAGUUCUUGUUUGGAGAUGAUGAGGAUAGCAACUGGGGAGCUUUGUUGAAAGGAGACAACAAUCACGGUAAUUCUUUGGAUAAUGAUAACUUUGGUGGUGCUUUGCCAUCUGUACAGAGUGGGAGGUGGAGUGCCCUAAUGCAAGAAACAUUACAGCCUACAGCCAGUAAAAAUAGUUCUAAGGAAGAAUGGGGUGGCCUGAGUUUGCAGAAAGCCCAACAGGCAAUUGCCAACAACUCAGCUUUACCAGCUCGUGACCAGAGUAAGCUUGCGGCAUUAAGUGGCGCACUACAGAAUGCACGACCCUUGUCAGCAUCUAGCUAUGCUGAUGAAACAAUGAAUAACCCAGAUUUUACCAGUUUUCAACAUGCUGCAAGAACUACAUACGAGCAAAGAGAAAAGACACCACAUGAAUCUCCUCGUGCUACUGUUACCAAUCAUCAGUCAUCUGCAGGAGUGAAUAAUGGGUAUAUUCAGCACAGCUUGAAGCAAAAGCAAUCUGAUGAAUAUGGGAGACAAGAACAAGUGCAAUUAUCAAAUGGCAAUUGGGCUCAACAGAAAGCUGAGAUGCCAAGAAACAAUUCACACCCAAGUGGUGCACCAUCAAAUACACAUGGAUUUUGGAUGUCACAACAAAAUGCUGUUGAUCGUAAUGUCAACCAAGAGUCCAGUAAUAGCCAAAAUGAGUGGAAAAGCAACAGUCCCCUUAGACAAGACAUCACCAGUACCCAAAACGUCUUUAACAAUGAUGGGAACUUCUGGAAACAGAGCGGAGGUAAUGCAAAUUCGGUCCAUAGGCUUCAGCAGAUGAAGCCUGAUAUGAGCACUUUGCAAAUGCCAAAGGACAGUUCUGAUGGUAAAGGUGUUAGUAUGAUGGGCUCAAGCAUGCCAACACUAAAUCCAAACCAGCACCAGAUGGUUGUUGGUCGAACCGGUGAGCAUGUUGGAAUAAACCAUAAUAUGGCACAUCGGGGUCCAGAAACCUCAGAUUCACUAAGAAGAAGUGCAGAGCCAAGAACAAAUGACCGCAGCCAGGAGUACCAGAAUGCAGCACAUAUGGAAAGGCAUGGACAGCAUGUGAACAGUGACCUUGCUGCCAGGAGGCAUGCUUUCUUUGCUGCAAAGGAAUCCCAUAAUUUAGGUCAAUCAGGCCAGCAGGCAGCAGGAUCUUACAUGUUGCAGAAUCAUGCAAUGGACAACAACACAGGGGUGAACAUUAGGCAUUCUCCGGGUAAUUCAGUUUCCAACAAUCAGUUUCCGCAUCAGUCACUUCAGGCACAAAAUGACCUGAAGCCUCAAUUUGUCACCAACUCCCAAGGUGCUGGCAAUAUGGCUUCAGUUAAUGAGAAAAUGCUGGUGGGAAAUGAACACUUCAAAUUUCGGCAUGGAGUCCCUAGCAGUUCCACCGCAUCACCAUUUGGAGGAUCUCAUGCUGGUCUGUCUCAGAAUAGAGCUGUUCAGAACAGUCAACACAUGCUGCAACUUCUUCAUAAAGUGGACAACUCAACAGAUAGCAAUGCUGUUGCUGACAUGCCGAACAGUUCUGUUGAUAAUGUUGCCACUUCUCAGCAACAACUUAAUCAAUCUUCUUUGCAAGGUUUUGGAUUAAGACUAGCACCACCAUCCCAACGACACUCAACUUCAGAUCAUUUAUGGUCUAGUCACACUAAUGUUGAUGGCAAGCAACCUGAACACUCGGCAAGGGAAGAACACCAGGGACAGAUACCUUCCACUGGUACCCAGCAUAUAUCACCUGCUCAUACAAGCUCACAACCGACACCGUUUCAUUCUUCUGAAAUGGGUAGUACUGGACAGCCAGCUGGACAUUUCCCUCAGUUAAGUUCAGGCCAGCAAUAUCCUGUGCCAGAUGCAAGAUCUGGCUCUGUACCCACUCCUCAACAAGGCAGCUCUGCAACGGUAUUCAAGAAUGUGUGGACAAACAUAUCAGCACAACGUCUAGCUGGUAUCCAAUCUAACAAGAUUACACCGAAUAUUCUCCAGUCCAUGAUGUUUUCCAAUAAUGCUUCAGAUUCCAACUUAUGGGGCUCGCAAAAGGCAGACAACCAAAGUCAGAAGGCAUCAACGCCGCCUGAUGCUGCCACAAGUUCUGCCAAUUCACAUAGCCAAGAGGCAAAACAAGCUCUGGACAGUGAUGCAGGGUUAGCCUCUUCUGACAUGGCAAUUUUUGAUUCCACUGGAGCUACUGUACCCAGAGGAAAUCAAUCCCUGCAGAAGCACUCUUCAGAUGGGAAUUUCGCUGUUCCUCCUUCAUCCUUGGCACAGUUGCAUCAGCAAGGUAUCAUGAACCCUAGGCAGGGAGAGAACCCUGCAGCUAACUUUCAGGCUAUGAAUACUUCUCACAACAUUAGUGCUAAUGGUAGUGGCAUUGGGUUACAUGGAAGCCCAGCACCUUCAAACCUCCAGCAGCAAAAUUUCUCUCUCCUGCAUCAAAUGCAAGCAAUGGGUCAUGUGGAUAUUGAUCCAGGCAAUGCAGCUGGAAAGAUGCUUAAACCAAAUGACAUAAUUUCUGAUGCAUCACAAGUUGACUGGAAGUCUGCUCAGAGGUUUGCACAUGGAGCCAAUAACUUGGUCAGGUCAUCCAUAGAUAACAUUGGCGGCACUAGUGUGCAAGGUUCAUUCCCUUCAGACAUGAAAAUGCUAAGCUUUGCUCCAAGGAACAAUGAGGAGAGAGGUGCAAACAUACCUUCCCAGAUUCCUUCUAGGGAACUCGCCUCUCAUGCUAUGGUCACGCGGAAUGAUCAUCAAAGUCAAGUUCAGUCUCUUGGGGCAAAUGCAGCAUCAAAUUUGGUUGAAAGAAGUGAGAGACCUGGGAUAAACCCUCAAAUGGCACCUUCUUGGUUUGAACAUUAUGGAAACCAAAGAAAUGGUCUGAAUCAUUCUGUGAUUAAUGCGCAGAAGACACCAACUGUACCAUAUAAUGUUCCAAAAGCUUCAUGGUGCAUGGAAAAUAACUCUGCCGAGCAUAGAGCUGAGUCUGGCCAGUCUGUCCAGGCUUUAGUCCCUUCCAAUGUGAGUGCAGCUUUAAUGAGAAGGCCAAAGAAGCGCAAAUCUACAGAAUCUGCUCUUGUUUCGUGGCAUAAAAUCACCGAAGGCACUAAAAAACUGAGAAAGAUGAGCACGAGCGAGAUGGACUGGGCUUGGGCAGCUAAUAGAUUAAUUAAAAAGUCCGAGGAUGAUCCAGAGAGUCUAGAAGAUUCCCCUUUAAAUUACUUACCGCGCAAAAGGUUAAUCGUGACCACAAGGUUGAUUCAGGAAGUUUUCCCUGCUAUACCAGCAAGAGUUCUCAGAGCACAAGCUGUAUCAGCUUAUGAAAGUGCAACAUACAACAUCGCUAUGUUGACACUAGGGGAUACAUGCAUCAUCUCAUCAGAUAACUCUCGUACUAUUGCAGAUAAUGAAAAUAACCCAUCUGAGCAAAGAACAAGUGCGAAGCAAAUGGAAGACAAGUUAUCAAAGGUUGUGGAAGUCUUUGUUGGAAGAAUCAAGAAAAUGGAAAAUGACUAUCUCAGCUUGGGCAAGAGGGCUUCAAUGCUAGAUGUGCACCUAGAGUGCCAGGAUUUGGAAAGGAUUUCAAUCGUAAAUCGUCUUGGAAGAUUCCAUGGCCGGAACCAUGCAGCCGGUGUUGAGGCCUCAUCGGCCUCACAAAUGGGUUCUCGCAGAAUUUUCCCUGAUAGACAUGUCAUGUCUUUCGCUGUGCCUGGAAAUCUUCCUGAAGAGGUGUACUGUUUGGCACUCUAGUGCAUCGAUUUCUUGCAUUGUUCCUCAAUCUAUCAGAUCACCUCUGGGGUUACAACUGUGAUUUCCAAUGCUCCUCCUGCAAAGCAUGGCAUUAUACAGAACGGUCAGAUCCAGGGGAUGUUUGGAAAUCUCAGCCGUCGCACGGCGAUGCCAAGGGAUUUGUCCAGCCGAUCAACUCAGUGCGGGCUGUUAUUUCUCCCUUGAAUGAAGUAUAGGUCCCUGUAUAUUGUGGAAAGUAAGGGAAAGAAAAACUAUGGACCUCGCAUCAUUUUGCUGAUGAAGGAAGGGUAUUUAGCUUCAUAAUUUGUUAGAGAGGUCGAUGCUUACUAGCUUAGUACAUCUAGCGAAAUUUUUCGCUACUUGUCAUCUUUUUAUCCAUGAUGAUGAAGUUGUUGGCAGGUUAGAGGGGUGAAUAAUAAUAUUGAGAGCCUUCCUCUGGGUUCUUUUGUUCCUUUACUAGGAUGGGAUGCAAAAAUUGGCUAGUGUGUCCAUUCAAACUGACCUCCCCUUGUUUAGUCAGCAGGUGAUUGCUUGUGUUAUGUAGUGCUGAAAGCAUUAAUGGAACUGGCGGCGGGUAGAAGGCUUGUAAAACUGUUGUAAUUUUAAACCCCGCAGUGUUGAGGCCCUAAUGGGUUCUUGUAAAUUUGAAGUCCUAUUGUUACUGA